UCCCUGAGUUUAAGAUCUAUCAAAUAUGAAGCUUUGGCAGUUACUUGUUGCAGUUCUGUUGGUGCUCACACAUGGAGGUGUUGCAUUCUUUCGCAAACGAGCAUGUCAAACAAAGCGUCUUCGUCUGGCGUGCCAGCCUGGUUUUGGUAUAAAAAUUCAGUUUGCUUUGUACGGAAGAUUCUCGAGUCGUUAUUGUGGUUGGAAAUUUUUCUUUAACAAACGUUGUCAUUCAACAAAAUCCAUGUCGGAAGUGAAAAAGAUAUGUGAGGACAAAACUAGUUGUUCAAUUAUUGCAUCCAAUCGGAUCUUUGGAAACCCGUGUCGGGGAACGGAUAAAUAUUUGGAAGUCGAUUACAUAUGCAAACGCUUGCCUAUUGAUGGAGGAUACACAGAUUGGAACACUCAACCUUGUUCCCGCACCUGUGGAGGAGGGGCACAAUUCCGUAACAGGACAUGUACUAAUCCGUCACCCAAAUAUGGUGGAAGAAGCUGUGAAAGAUUGGGCCCAACUGAAAUGACAAUAACUUGCAACACGUUGCCUUGUCCAAUAAAUGGCGGUUACAGCAACUGGAGCGAAUAUGGCACUUGCAGUGUUCGUUGCGGAGGUGGUAGCCAAGAAAGAACAAGAACGUGCACAAAUCCUUCCCCAAAACAUGAUGGAUUGGAUUGUACAAGACUUGGGCCUUCUUCUUCUACACGCGUUUGUAAUCAACAGCCCUGUCCAGUAAAUGGCGGUUACAGCAACUGGAGCGAAUAUGGCACUUGCAGUGUUCGUUGUGGAGGUGGUAGCCAAGAAAGAACAAGAACGUGCACAAAUCCUUCCCCAAAGCACGGUGGAUUGGAUUGUACAAGACUUGGGCCUUCUUCUUCUACACGCGUUUGUAAUCAACAGCCCUGUCCAGUAAAUGGCGGUUACAGCAACUGGAGCGAAUAUGGCACUUGCAGUGUUCGUUGUGGAGGUGGUAGCCAAGAAAGAACAAGAACGUGCACAAAUCCUUCCCCAAAGCAUGGUGGAUUGGAUUGUACAAGACUUGGGCCUUCUUCUUCUACACGCGUUUGUAAUCAACAGCCCUGUCCAGUAAAUGGCGGUUACAGCAACUGGAGCGAAUAUGGCACUUGCAGUGUUCGUUGUGGAGGUGGUAGCCAAGAAAGAACAAGAACGUGCACAAAUCCUUCCCCAAAGCAUGGUGGAUUGGAUUGUACAAGACUUGGGCCUUCUUCUUCUACACGCGUUUGUAAUCAACAGCCCUGUCCAGUGCAUCUAAAAAGAGUAUGUCAAAACAAAAGGCUUACAAUAUCAUGUCCGCGCAAUUACGUUGUAAGAAUUCAUUCCGCGUUGUAUGGACGCACUUCACGCAGUUAUUGUAAAUGGAGAUUCUACUACAGCCGGAAUUGUAGGUCCCGAUCCUCUUUAUAUCGUACUUCAAAUUUGUGCAACAACAAAAGAUCAUGUUCUAUUCAAGCCACCAACAAAAUUUAUGGCAAUCCAUGCUUCGGAACUGUUAAAUAUCUUGAAGUCAAGUAUUCAUGCAACCCAAGAAAAACCGAUCUCCACCAUAAACAAGUAUGUGAGAACAAAAUAAUGACGAUCAACUGUGGAAGUAAGAGGAUUCGCAUUAGUGGUGCAAGUUAUGGUCGUACUUCAAGAAGAUAUUGUGGUUACAAAUUCUUUCAUCGGUCAAACUGUCACGCUAAAUCAUCAAAGCGUGUUGUGACGUCACGAUGCGAGAAUAAACACAGUUGUUCUGUUAAGGCAUCAAAUAAAGUUUUUGGUAAUCCAUGCCUUUUAACAUCAAAGUACUUGGAAGUGUCAUAUACUUGCAAAUAAAAACAUUUGAAUUCACUUGCCUUGUCGUAAUUUUUUUUACUGUCUUUUUAUGCGGGUUUUUCUGUUAUUUGGCUUUAUUAUAUUUUAUCUACUAACGGUACGAUAAAAUUAUACAUAAAUUUACACUUUUGUAUACUUCUUGGCAUAUUUAAACGUUACUGGACAUUA